UUGCUUGCUAAAGAUUUUUACUAACUCAAAAUGGCUGGCUUUAGGACCGGCUGCACCAAUUCACUCGACAGUGUCAUCAUCAUCAUAACCGUCAUUACACGGGGUGGAUUUCGCUAACAUUGGCUGACUUUGCAUCGUAUGUGGAGUAGAGAAACAACGGCCUUUCUUACCUGAAUCACGACAUUAAUGCUCAAUUUGCCGGCUUCUCCUAAAUUCAAGUCACUCUUCUAAUUGUGUGGUCUGGUUCUCAACGUCCUCUGCCGUGUUACCUCCCUGGACACUCCUUGGACUUUCUUGUAAAGAAAGAAAUCUUCUUUUUAUUCAGACAAGAAAGGCAUCUAAUGCAUUUCCAUCCUGCAUACACAUACACUCUGUGUCUGGCACACUUAGUUCAGUUGUUAUCUUGUAAUGGCAGUGCAGGACCCUGGCAGGACAACGGGUUUUCCUUGCAAAGAGUGUGGCAUGGUAUGUCCCAGUAUGCCCAGUCUGCUCGAGCACAUGGAUGCACACCUUCAACAAGAAGAGGAACGCAAAUUUAAAUGUGAUGAAUGUGGACGUGGUUAUAGGCAUGCUGGUAGCCUAGCUAACCACAAAAAGACUCAUGAAGUGGGUUCUUUUCAAUGUAACAUAUGUGGUAAAGAAAACUCCAACGCUUUGGCCCUGAAGAGUCAUCUCCGGAGCCACACUUCACAGAAAAAGUACUCCUGUGCAGAAUGUGGGAAAGCUUUUCGUCUGGCAACCCAGCUGGCUACACAUGAGAGGGUUCAUCUUGCCAGGCGAGCAAAGGAGCAGUCAUACAGGAAGGUAGACAUGGAAUAUCCCACACAUGAAAAUAGACAUGAAAUUGAAAAUGAUCGCCGACAUCAUCUCAGUGAGCAUUCAGCCAAUUUUGCGAUUUCUACAGAAAACAACCCAGUUGAGGACAAGACAGAAGUUAUUUAUAAUACACAAGCUGAGACCUCUGAUGAUGCAGCAAAUCGACCUUUCAGAUGUGAUUUGUGUGACAAAUCAUACAUACACCAUCGAAGCCUGACCAAUCAUAAAAAGACUCAUCAGGUGGGAAUGUUUGAGUGUACAGUCUGUUUCAAACUGUUCAGUAACAUGGCUGCCCUCUACAGCCACCAGAGAACUCACAAGGCAAGAAGCGGGAUAGACCCUGGUUCAAUGGGCGGGUCAUACACAGGCACACCACUAGAUCAGUUUUCACCUCAGAGCCAGGAUGCUCCAAUAAAUUUCUGCCAUUUGUGUCAGGUCCUAUUCCCCAGCGAUGAGGAGUUCCAGGAACACAUCCAAAUACAUAACUCUUCAUCUGUGUCAUUUGGGCUUCAAGAUACCUUGUCAGAGAACCACAAUAUAUCAUAUGACAACAGUAUUGCUUCACCUGAGUCUAAUUUUUAUGCAUCUCCUAUAAAUAAUGUUCCUUCAGUAUCCUCGAUAGAUAAUCAUGGCGGUUUUGAUCAGCAACAGGAGCAGAUUAUAAGUAAUGGUCAUGUGUACUCAGACUGCUCCAAUAAUCAAACCCCAUCUUCCAGUAGCACUCAGGGAGAACCCCCAGUCAUAGACACAAGCCUUCUCAAUCCUGUCCUGACGCAUACACAAAACACUGACAAUGCAAGUGAAAUGGAAGAGACUUCAACUGUAGAUUCUGAUGAGCGUCCCUUCAAGUGUCAAAUCUGUGGUAAAAGCUACCGGCACUCUGGGAGCCUCAUCAACCAUAAAAGGUCACAUCAGGUUGGGAUUUACCAGUGUUCUGUAUGCAGAAAGAAUUAUCCUCACCUGGCUGCCCUCAAAAGUCAUCUUCGUCUCCACAAAGCUCAGCCGUCAUCUUUGAGCCUCAACGCUGAGGGAGACUGGCUCUCCUCUGAGCCUCUGACUCUGGAUAACCAGCAGGGCUGCUUCUCCUCACAAGAGGAGGAGGAUGGCACUCAGCCUGUGCUUGGUACUGAUCAGGAGAAUGGAGUUGACACAGCACACAGCAAUGGAGCAUUGUACCACGAGCAUUUUAAUCAGGACUUUUCCCAGGAUAUGACAGUGCAUCUACCUCACAAUGAACACCUGAUGCAGAGACACAUGUGUGCAGACUGUGGCGAGACAUUUGCAGAUAUUGCAGGGAUUAAGUCUCACAGUUGUCCACUGCUACAGCAGCAACAUGACACUACUAGCAGUGACUAUGAGAGUAAUAUACACUUCCAGGACAGUAAUGGUCACUAUUCCAUUGGAAAUCCAGGGAGAAAUGUAGAGUUCCAUGGUCUGAAUAGUAGCCAUGACCGAAGUUACUUCGAACAGAAUUUCCAUGAAAAUGUGAGCAGUCAUCAGCUGAAUGGUGGUGGAGAAGGUGAUAACGCUGAAGAGGAGGAGGAUGAUGGAGAUCUUUAUCAGUGCUCUAUAUGCGGAAACAGCUACACCAGCAUGAGGGCUCUCAGGAGCCAUCUCCGGGGGCACACACAAUCCCACGGUACUCCUGCAAGCUCAGGGCCUUCAUCCAUGUCCUCCCAUGACGAAGUGAAAGAUGAUGAGCUGGUAGAGAUGAUGAUCUGUAGUACAUGUGGGGAAAGUUUUGCCAAUAGGCAGGACUUGAUUAACCAUCAGCUUCUACACAACAAAGAUCAGGUAGAUAAUGUUAAUCAUUUACAUAUGAACAACAGUGAUGUGCCUGGAGGCAAGGAGGAAGCACAGAGUAUCAUCUGUGGCAGCUGUGGCAUUUUCUGCACCAGCUACCAUCAUCUUGAGAACCAUGGCUGCACAGCUGAGAGGAAAGAUGAGUCGACCCGUGGUAAAGAGGAAAUGAAAAUAAACAAUGUAGCCCAGCAUGAAGACACAAGUAUCGUUAAAGAAAUGGUUGGUACCGAAGUUCGUCAGUACAAGUGUGAUCAGUGUGGGCGGUCAUACAGACACGCAGGCUCCCUCCUCAACCACAAAAAGUCCCACAAAACAGGUGUAUUCAGAUGUCUCGUCUGCCAGAAACGCUUCUACAACCUGUUGGCCUUAAAAAACCAUCAGAGAUCCCACUUUGAUAUCAAGAGGCAUACUUGCCAUGAGUGUGGGAAAGCCUUCAAAAUUCAGAAGCAGCUAUUGAACCACCUGAGAAGGCACAAAGAGAACCGAGCCAAAAUCCAGGAACUGAACAACCAAAUCCAGGCCCUCAUGCAGAUGAAUGGGACCAGUUCAGAUGGAGGAAUGCAGUCCUUAACUUCAAAUUCCAAUCAGGCUUUUACCUCUGCUCGACGUUGCAAGCAACUGCCUGAAGGGAAAACUGCUCAAACAAAGUUUGGGACUUCAGUCAAAUCAGAGCAUACAGGGGACCAGCGACCUUUCGCCUGUGAUCAGUGUGGGCGUACGUAUCGGCACGCAGGAAGUCUGGUCAACCACAGAAACUCCCAUAAAACAGGUGAAUAUUGCUGUUCCGUUUGUAACAACACUUACUCCAAUCAACUAGCAAUGAAAAACCACUUGCGCACCCACUUUGCAUAUAAAAAGCACUCUUGCCAAAACUGUGGAAAAGGCUUUCGAGGAAAGAAGCAGCUGUUAGCUCACGUCUGUGCAGACCUCAGAAAGGAUGGGGCCGGAGGCAGGAGGGGCCUAAAAUCUAGAGCCUUUAAGUGUAAGGAAUGUAAGAUAGCCUUUCUCUCUGUUGAUCAACUGGCAGCACACAUCUGUGAUAGCCCUUCAGGCAGCAGUGAUGCACAAACAAAUGUGUCUCCAAACAAAGAUGAGCGCCCUUUCACAUGCAACAUAUGUAAUCGCAGCUACCGCCACGCAGGCUCACUCCUGAACCACAAAAAUACCCACAAGACAGGACACUUCAGUUGCACCUUCUGCUCUAAGCCCUUCACUAACCCCAUGGCUCUACGCAACCACACGCGCAUCCAUACACAGAAGAAAAAGUAUGUGUGUCUGACGUGCGGAAAGGCCUUCCGCCUUGCCAGUAUCCUACACAACCACCAGAGGGUCCAUAACCGGGUGGCGAGUCAUUUCAGCUGCACUGCAUGUGGAAAGAGCUUCCAGGGCAGGUCUGGUCUGAAGAGGCACCGCUGCCGCAGAGGUCAGGAGAACUCGACAAGAGCUGGUGUCCAGCAGUCAGAGAGGGGAGACAAGUGCUUCAUGUGUGACCUGUGUGGGCGCUCCUACCGCCACGCCGGCUCCCUCCUCAACCAUAAAAAGACACACUCCGAAAACCUCCACCACUGUACCUUGUGUCUCCAGACAUUUCCCGAUCCUCUCACUCUACAGAUACACUCCCAGAUGAGGCGUCACUGCUGCCCCGAGUGCGGCAAGACCUUCUGUCUGGUUGCACACCUGCAGAGCCACAUGGAGGUGCACUCGAAGGAACGGGCUGUGGUCUGCAGCCUCUGCCAGCAGAGCUUUCCCACCACAGACACUUACCAGCAGCACCACGACAUGCACCACAGGGGUCAGGGCCCCUAUCAACAAGCUGUGGACGAACCCAUAGAUAACAACCUCUGCUGGGACUCAGGAAUAAAUCAGACCAUGGGGAUGGACGAGAUGCAGAAGCAGGUUCCACCACCCCUAUCCCAUAUACCAGGAAGCAUCACUAAUUCACAGAAGGGUAACGACACUGCUGGCACAGAGGAGAAGAACCAUGUCUGCGAGCACUGUGGCCGCACUUAUCGCCACGCCGGCUCCCUCCUCAACCACAAGAACAGCCACAAGACGGGCUCCUUCUUCUGCUCCAUCUGCCAGAAAGAAUUCACCAACCUGAUGGCUCUCAAGAACCACCGGCGUAUUCACACGGAGCCCAAGCGCUACCAGUGCCUGGAGUGCGGCAAGGCGUUCCGUGUGUCCACUCAGCUCAUUUGUCACCGAAGGAUCCACACCAAAGAGAAGCCCUUCGCCUGCCUGCUGUGCGACAAGAGCUUUUCCAGCAAGUCCAACCUGCGGCACCAUCAGAAGAUGCACCAGAACACACAGACCUAUGACUCCUCUUUUAGCAUGGAUGCUGACACGUUUAUGGACCUGGACAUGGGGUCUUUCCUUUAAAGUAGAACUCCAGAGCAUACAUGAGAAGAGGACAGGUGAUCCUCUUAUUUAUCUAUUAUUUAUCCCUCUAUCAGUAAUUGUAAAACAGUAUUUUUUCAGAAAGUGCUCAUUGGUCCUGAAAGAAGCUCCUUUUGAAGAUGCACAUUUCAUUACUCACUUCCAGUCUUACCUCCACAACAUAUGGCGACAUCACCGAAAAGUCUCCAGAGAGUUUAAUCGGUCAGCUUUUCAUAAGGCCUGAAUGUUUUGCAUGAAUACACAGGAUACCAGAAUACAGGGCGGGGGAUGAAAACAUUAGUCGCCGCCCAUUCCUCAAUGACAGACCGACCAACCAAAGUAAACAGAAAAGUGCAGCCCAGGUCCAUGUAAGAACAUUAACACUGAUAACAUGUUUUUGUAAGACUACUGUUCUAACGGUGAUCUCUCCUCUCUUGCUAUGUAUAAUUGUGUUCAGUGCCUCUGUAAUUUCCUUAGGAAACAAAAUAUACAAACUAUAUUUAUCUCUGAAUCCUUUUGUUAGCUUUCCCGUUAAUCUCGAAGGACUGCUCACUUUCCUUUGGGAUUUCACAUAGGGCAAGCCUGCUAUUAUUAAGUCAAAUACCUCUGGGUGUGUCCAAAGGUCAGUGGCAAAGUGAUGUACUGAAAUCAUAUUAUCAAGUAAAUAGUUGUACUGCUAAUAAUAUUCAUGUUGAGUGACGUAUGCUAAAAUGGAUGUAUUUAUUAAUUUAUUCCUGUUAUUUUAUGUCCAUAUUUUAUUAGAAAAACUUUUUAUGAAUGUUGUAAAAAAAAAAAACUAAAAAAAAACUUUAAAAAAAAAACUGUCUUCUAAAACUUAUGUAGCCUUUAAGGAACUUCAUCGGUCGAUUUGUAACUCAUUAGUUCUCAGUUACAACAGGCAGGAAUGAAUGAGCCAAGAAUGGUGUGUUAUUGUCAGCACUCAGGGUAAACCUUCAAAAGGAGCAUACCUGAUGUGUGAAACAUUGUAAUCAGUUUCUGAACUGAACAUAGCAUUUUUUCACUUGUGCCAUUUCAAAAUGUUUAUAUUUUAGCUCAUGUGAAGAUCGUCAGAGUCACUCCAACAUUUAGUUCCAGCUGCACAUGCAGUGCAUGCUGUAAUCCAUCUUGAACAUUUAGAGAUGUAUCAGUUGUGUUGAAGUGCCAGUGCCUAAAAUGUAAACCGAUCGUAGCAAUUUAAUGUAAACAAACCUCCUCUUGUACUUGUUAUGUUGAUUUCUUUUUCUUAUCUCUUUUUUUAAAUUUAUCUGAUGAUUUGUAAUUUUUUUUUUCCAGCCACAUUUUAAAUGUUUUAAAGCAGUCUGUAACAAAACUAUUGCAACAGU